AUGGUCUUGAAGGGGCUGCCAGAAAGUUACAAGCCAUUUGCAGUUCAUGUGGCGCAUACCGAUGAGAACAUGACAUUUGCAGAAAUCAAAACCAAACUCCGAAGUUUUGAAGAAACGGAAAAGUUAAAUGCAACAGAAACAAGCGACAGAGUGAUGAAGACUCAAGCAAGAGCUUCAAAGCAAGCCACAAAAGCAAACGCUCGGGACCGGAUCAAAGACGACACAGAACGCAAGGAAACACCGGACGGAGCGAGAAAAAUUGCUGAAGAUGGAGAUCCUGACUUCGUGUUCAAGGUGAGAGAUGAACAGCCCGACACCAGGCGGCAGGAUACACACAGCAUCCGGGAACGAGGUCUGAUGGUGGACACGGGAGCGACAUCUCAUAUCAUCACUGACGUGACCAAGUUCAAAAGCUUCCAGGAGACGUUCAAACCAGAGAACCACAGCGUCGAGUUGGCAGAUGGCAAGGGAAAACUAUCAGGUCAAGCGAUAAUGGCAGGAGAGCGGACCCGGCGGGUGGCCAUCUUUGUGGCAGUCUUCAUCGUGAUGACGCUGUUGAUCUUGUACAACUCGGGGGCCACCCAGUCCAGCUACUUGCCCUUCCAGGUGGCCAAGAACCACACGCCCAAGCCCACAAACCUCAAAAAGUGGGCAACCAAAGACUACGUGGCCGUGCAUGGAGAUAAGAGAAUGAACCUUCAUUGCCAGCAGUGUGCCCUGGUCACCAGCUCCAGCCACGUGCUGGGCACCAAAGCGGGCGAGCUCAUCGACAGCAGCGAGUGUGUGAUCCGCAUGAACGACGCGCCCACCGCAAAGUACGAAACAGACGUUGGCAAGCGCACCACGCUGCGGGUGGUGGCCCAUUCCAGCGUGUACCGGGUGCUCCGACGCCAUGACGACUAUAUAGUGGAUGGUGGCAACAGCCGACAAACCAUCAUUUUCUGGGGGCCUCCGAACAAGAUGACCAAGGACUCCAAAGCCACCGUGUACCGAGCCAUCCAGAAGAUCUGUUCCACAUAUAAGAAUGUGUCGUGUUUUACCGUCGCACCGGCAAAAAUGUACAGAUUUGAUAAUCUGUUCCAACUGGAGACGGGACAAAACAGACAAAGAUCCAAUUCCUGGCUUAGCACAGGCUGGUUCACUAUGGUCAUUGCCAUCGAAAUAUGCGACAACAUCCAAGUGUACGGGAUGGUUCCGCCCAAUUUUUGCAGCACCACGAAGGGCUCCAACAUGUUGCCGUACCACUACUACAAGCCGCGGGGUUCAGACGAAUGCGUGACCUUCAUGCAGAGCCAGAACAACCAAAAAGGGAGCCACCACCGCUUCAUCACUGAGAAGCAGGUGUUCGGACACUGGGCGCAGCAGUAUAACAUUACCUUCCAUCAUCCCACCUGGUGA